AUGACUCCCGAGAUUGGAAGCCUCCGAGCCCUCAAGAACGGCGACAGCCAAUACGUUGGCAGCUCCUCAGGCGUCUACUUCAUCAACACCGUCCGCAGGGCAUUCGCCACCACCCCGGAUGCAGAAUCAGAAGAGAGGCAGCACGCCAGCGAAAAUGGAGAACGGCUGCUCAAUGACCCGUCACCAGAGGACUGCAUCGUUGGCGGGGAUGAGCAGGCCGGUCGCAACAUGGGGCUGGAGGCUGGAGCAUCAGGCGAAGCCGGCAUUACCCAGACGAACGAUCAACGCCAACCAGCAACUGCAAGCCCAUCCUUUGAUUUGAGCAAAUUGCCUGACUAUUCCAUAGCCAGGCAAUUAGUCUUGUCAUAUUUCCGCAUCUGGCAUCCCCUCGUCCCUUUCCUCCAUGGACCAGAAUGCCUCUCCCAGCUAGACGCCCUCUAUCGCGACACAUCUACCACACCUCUCAGCCGUCUCGUCACCUUCAAAUGCAUCUUCAACAUCGCUCGCCUUGAGAGUGACAAUAUCCCUGACCUAUCCUCCAUCUCCAUCCGCUCGGCUUCUGAUCUCCUCCCCACGCUAGGCCUCCUCGCUCUCCGGUGCGACAUCCCUUCCAUCCAAGCCCUGCUUGCCGCCCAGGUCUACUUCAUAUCCACAAUGUCCCUCCGGCACGCGUCAUCCGUCGGUGGGCUAAUCUCAAGAUCCAUAUUUCAGACGGGCAUGCACCGCUGUCCGUUCCGGUACUGGCACUUGUCCCCUGAGGACCGAGAUAUGCGGAAACGCAUCUUCUGGAGCUUUUACGUGGUUGACCGGUUUCUGAGCCAGUCCCUGGGGCAUCCGAAUGGGAUACAGGAUUCUGAUAUCGAUGUUUGUGUGCCCGGUCAUCGAGACUUGCAUGAACCCGUUGCGCAGUCAGCGCUUUCACCGUCAAGUGCUGCUGCAGCGGAUAAUCUGAUUCUUCACCUGCCGGCCAACCACCCCGACAGACGUCUAGCAUCUCCACGACUGCGAACCCAGAGCAGAGAUCCCUCGCCUGAGGAGAGUGCAGACCUAGGACAGAACCCAACUGAGACUCCAAGCGGGCCAUCGAGGAGAACAGUGGCCAUUCUCCAGCACCGCCGAGAAACCCAGUCCGUUUUGGAAAACCACGUGCGGUACUCCCAGCUAGUGGGAAGGUUACUCGAGAUAUUCCACAAGUCGAUACCCGAUAGAAGAGCCGACGAUCAGACUGUCCUCUUCCUCAAAGCAGACGUGUCAGCAUGGGGAAACAGUUUGACUCAACCACGCCUCGAUUCAAGGACCAAACAGGAAAAUCCAGAGCUUACACCAGAACCUACAGUCUUCCCUUUUGUUUCGUAUCAUUACUGCGUCCUCCUUCUCAACAGGCCUACACUAUCCCUCAAUCCCUCGAGCGCCGAAUUCAGGGCCGGCUUGCAGUCCAGCCAAGGCCAUGUCUGGGAUAUCGUCCGCCUUGGGUCUCUUGACUACUAUGACCCAUCGCUGGCGCAUGGCAAAGGAUUGUAAAGAGGUCUUGUCCAUGUUAUUGAGGAGCAUUGAGGUAAAGACCAGAGAGCGGAAACGCUUUCGACCAGAAGGAGACGUUGAAUACGGUUACUCAGGUAGACCUACUCAUAGUGGUCGGCCUUCGAGCAGUGGACCUGGUUCAACAAAACGACGUGCCAGAGAUAGUCCCAGAACGCGUCUCCGCUCUGAAGCUCAACCCUCACCACAAAUUCCAUCCAGAGCUCUUAGAGGAUCAUCAAACGCUCGUAAUCCAUUAACAGCGUACAGCCCUCACCCAAGGUCAAGCCUACGAAACGGCCCUGAUACUCGGCACGACAACUUCCCAAGAAACGACUACUGCAACCCAGACACGCCAAACCACGAUCUAAACGACUACCAGUCAGCCACAGGUCUAUACGACUCCUUUCAAUUCGACACAUUCACAUCCCUCCCGGAUUUAAGCAUGCCAAAUAAUGAACGGGUCUUGGGGCCCUAUCAUGCACCCAUCCCCACGACUUUCCCAGACAGGCGCCAGAACUUUGAUCAGAAUUUAAGCCAGUUUGACGGGGCAGAUAUGAUGUUUGAUAUGUUUGAUGGAGCUACGUGGGGGUCUCUGAUUGAUAUGGUUAAUGAUGCGGAAAUGUCUAAGCAUAUAUAA